UUUCUCCUUGCAUGUUUUCUUGGUAAUGUUAACUCUUCUUUUCUUUGAUCUUUUGAUCCAUAAUCUAUUCUAUUGCAUCUUCUUGCCCGUCUGGUUUACAUUUAUACCCACCAAUUUUUUUUUUUCUCUUUUGUGGAAUUCAGAAUUCAAGUUGGUUCAUUUGAGAGUUGUUCAGGCAGCUGCAAGAGAAAAAAGAAAUGGGAUUUCUGGGAUGUCGCUUCAAUCUUCUAAUAGUGGUAAAGAGAUGAAUCGAAUUGGUUCAGAAUGUUCAAAAGACGAUGUCAUUAUAUUUCAAGGCCAAACAACUCCACUUCCAGAUGGGAUUCCAACAUACAUAGUUCAGAUCUUGAAUUCAUGUGCUUCAGACUGCAGCAUCUCCAACAUUCACAUGAAAUGUGGGUGGUUCAGCUCAGCCAGAUUGGUGAAUCCAAGAAUUUUUAGGCGAGUCAGUUAUGAUGACUGCCUUGUCGACAAUGGCCAGGCUCUUGGUCCUGGUCAAACUCUGUCUUUUCAAUAUGCUAACACUUUCCCGUACCCUCUUUCAGUAUCUUCUGUAACUUGUUCUUCUUAACUUAAGUAAGUGUUUGAACAAACAGCCCAUGUGGAAUGGAACCUUAAGAAUUGUCUAUGAUCAUUUAGUUUUCUAUCCAUCUUCUAGAUGAUAUAUAAUAUUAUGGUUGACAUGAAUCCAUAUUCUUCCCACAUAUCAUUUGAUCAUCAUCAAGUUCAGUUUCCAAAGAUCUAAUCUUCUGAGCAGAAUCUCUUACACUCUACUCUCAGUCAAUUCUCAGAUAUUUGUGUAAAAAACAUGUAUUUUAUUCCAUUAUGACAAGUCAUUCAUUUAUACACAAAGCUAGAGGUUUUUUUCAUAGUAACUAAUAAGAGUUAGAUUUUUGUAACCAUUUAUUGUUAGAGAAUCAGUUUGACACAUUUCAUUUCAUUUCAUAUCCACGAAGGAUCAGCUUGCGUAUUUAUUCACGACAACACUAUCUUGUAAUUUCUCUCCAAUGGUACAAAAUUGUCAGCCACGUUAUAGUAACCUCCCCUUGAACAGUUUCUCCUGCUCAAGCCUCAGUCUUAGUUUGAGGGGGUAUGUUAUUAGGCCAGUAAUAGAGUCUUUUACUUAUUGCUGUGAAGCUCUAUUAAACCAAGCAAUGGAAUAAAUAAAGAAACCACGGAGCUUUGCUCAUUCUCUUCCUUAGUUCCUU